UCGACAAGGCAGCCAACAAGUCAACAACCACACCCAUCUUCUCCAUCACCACCAUCAAUCAUUUCCCACUUUCUUCCUUGCAGCAUCAUCAUUCAUCAACCUGUUUAUUACUUUAAUAGCUUGGGGAAAAGUUAAAGCAGGUGAUACAACACAGUUUCUUGCGUGCUUUGCUUAGCUUUACUCCAUUGUUGCUUACCUUCUUUCCUAAGUCACCAUUUCCAUUUUCCCGGAAAAUCUUCUUUCCUUUCUCUCGAACAUUUGCUAUAAGAAGAAAAGAGGAGUCGUCUGCGUCACUUCAAUUUCACGCUCUUCUCCCUUCUUCCUUUCUUUUCCCAGAAGCCCAUACUCGCAUUUAUAUAUAGAGACACACAUCGAUCUCGAAAAUGCUGCAAGAAGUCUCGGCGGUGGUGGCGGUCGGGAUCCUGACAUGGAUGUUCCAGGCUUGCCUCCGGCCGCCUGCUCCCAAGAUUUGCGGCAAGGCCGGCGGGCCGCCGGUGACGGCUCCCCGGGUUAAGCUCCGCGACGGCCGGUACCUGGCCUACAAGGAGCACGGGGUCCCCAAAGAGAUCGCAAAGUUCAAGGUCGUCUUCAUCCAUGGAUUCACCUCCAGCCGCCUCGAUCCCAUGAUCGUCUCCAACCUAACUCCGGAAGCGAUAGAGGAGCUGGGAGUGUAUGUGCUGACCUUUGACCGGCCGGGUUACGGGGAAAGCGACCCGGACCCGACCCGGACGCCCAAGAGCUUGGCUCUGGACAUUGAAGAGCUGGCGGAUCAAUUGGGUGUCGGCCCGAAGUUCUAUGUGAUGGGCAAAUCGAUGGGCGGGCAGGUCGUUUGGGGCUGCCUCAAGUACAUCCCUCACCGGCUGGCCGGAGCGGCGUUGGUGGCGCCGGUUAUCAACCACUGGUGGCCGAGCUUCCCGGCGGAGCUGUCGAAGAAGGCGUUCAAUUCGCAGCUGGCGCAGGACCAGUGGGCGCUGAGGGUGGCUCACUACGCGCCCUGGCUCACCUACUGGUGGAACACCCAGAAGCUCUUCCCUACCUCAGGCGUCAUUGCCAGAAAGCGCGAGACCCUUUCUGCUCAGGAUGUCGAGCUCGUCUCCAAGCACAGAGUGGAACCCGAACUCAAGAACGUGGCGACGCAGCAGGGAGUGUACGAGUCGCUGCACAGGGACCUGAUGAUCGGGUUCGGGAAGUGGGAAUUCGACCCGAUGGAGAUCGAGAAUCCCUUCCCGAACAAUGAAGGCUCUGUUCAUCUGUGGCAGGGGGAUGAGGACAUGAAGGUGCCAAUUGAGCUGCAGCGCUACAUUGCCAAGAAGCUGCCGUGGAUUAAGUACCAUGAGCUGCCUGGCGGAGGGCAUAUCCUCCAUUUCGUUCCUGGGUUGAUUGAAGGUGUUCUCAGAGAUCUUUUUGCUGAACCCAACCAGAACUAGAUUUAUGUACAUCGCUAGAUGUAUAUAGCUAGCUCAUAUAUAUAUAUGUAGCAGCUAGUUUAAGCAUGUUAUGUGUUCUGUACAAGAAGAACAGGUGGAAGUGGAAAUUUUCACUGAUGAAAAAAAGUGGAUAUCUGCCAUUUUGUUUAUGAUACAAGCAAUCGAACAGGACACAAGAUAUUAGGUAUUAUGUAUUUGUAUGAAGGAGAAUGACUUGUAUUUGUAGUAAUUGGUCGAUUUAAGGUCUCGUAUUUUGUUGGGUUAAAGGUAUUUUUUAUUUAUUUUUGUAUCGCAAAAAAUUAUCAGCUCACAUGUAACAUUCUUGUCACAGAGAAAUUUUUCUAUAACUAAAAAGAAUCUCCAGACUGGAGUUUGAGCUCUUAACAAUGAAUCUUGGUGAAUGAUUACGUUUACAACUCUGUGUAGUUGCUCUUGGAUUGGAUACAUAGGUAAUAGUAGAUUAAUACGUAUUAAUCUUGACUCUAUUACUCCUGAUUUUUCUGUACACAAACAUAACAAUUGUAUCGUAAUUAUUGGAAAUGACAAUUAAUAACCUACAAAAAUUCCAUAUCCAUGUUAAUGAUACUCUUCUUCUUUUUCUUUUUUUUUUUUUAGAAAUGUUAAUUAAAUACUCCCCUUUACCUUUUAUGCGCAACCAAAAUUAUGGUUUCCUAGAAAAGUUUGAAGCCUCAAUGUAUCCAAUUGUCUCAAAGGAAGGCUCGAGUAUGAUUUCCUAUCAACCAGUAUUAAACUUAAAAUACUUAA